AUGACCGUUUACUGUCGUUUUGUGGAUAUUGAGAGCCAAUUUAUGUGCCCCACUCAGUGCCUUAGCCUGACUAUCGACCCCUGGGAUGGUCAUAUCUGCAGUGUCGAUCAAUGCAAAUUUUUUGAGCCGAUCAAACUGGCCGAGAGCAGAAGCAGCGGCAACCUACGCAUCAGAGGCUCAAGAAUUAUUAUUAAAUUCGAUAUAAAUAAUAUCGCAACCGCUCCGCCGCCUGCCGGCCGCCCCCCUCGUGGACGGCUGCUGAUUAAUAAAAGACGGUUGCCGUUCAAGGUAGCAGACGUAGGAGCCAAGUUCCGAGAUGGCCUGCGGUGCUUAAACAUUCUGAGGCAUCUGUCAAACUGAGCGAAGGUGAAGUUUUCGCGAAGGCGCAGCUUGAUGCCAUUCAGUCCCAGUCCCGUCCUACAGGACUGCUGA